AUGCCGGUAUUGUUGUUUGGUAGCUCGGGCAGGGAUACCGAAUCUCCCACGAGGAGUACAGCAGACUCACGCGAAUCUCAGGAUCGUCAACUUCAGCAAUCACUCUGCGCCGAAAUCGGUGAUGCAACAGCGCUAACUGUCUACAGCCUUAUGCCCGCGGGAGAUGUUCUUGCAGACGCCGUUGAUUCUUAUUUCCAUUAUUGUCACAUGCAACCUCUAUGGCUGUUCGACCGAGAAGAAUUCUCGUCGAUCCAAGAUUGCCGCGAGGAGACACUAUUCUCUCUGCUGGCGCUCUCCUCGUGUCAUUCAAGGCAUCCUUUCUUCCACGGCCGAUCUGAUGAAUUGAGCCAAACAUAUGCCCAGGCUGCAAGAGAGCGCAUUAUGCGGCAGAUCGGAAUUGGCAACGUCUCACUCUCAACCAUCCAGAGUCUCUGCCUACUUGCACUUGCGAAUCUGCAAGCCAACAACCAAGUCCUCUUGAGGUUGCACGUGGGCAUCGCAACGACGCUUGCAAAAUGUGCCAACCUCGAUUUUGAGACUAAUCAUCUUACAGAAGUUGAGUCGCGUACAGAGUCACACAGAAGAUUGUUCUGGAGCUUACACUUGCUACAACAAAAGUAUGGGCAGCAAAGCUCCGCAACUAAUAUCUUGGAAGAUGUUACCAGACCGCAAUUUGUUGCGACUCAUUCAAACCUGGGGGAGAAGCUAAAUGAGCUAUGCCCACAUAUGCCGCAAGAAGAGAUGAUGCCUCAACACAUCAGACUGAACAGUAUUACAAAGAGCAGUGGAAUCUGGGCUUAUAUGAUUCAGCUGUCCACUCUAUGGGGAGAAGUUCGGACGUAUGUGAAUCAAUGGGCUCAGCAGAACAAUUGUGCGCCGGCCCCGUGGUCCAUCGAAUCUGGGUACGCUAUCAUCAGUGCCCAUCUCAUGGACCUGGAGACGAAACUACCCGCGCAUCAUCGCUUCGACUCGGCACGCUUUCCUGACCAGGAGAACCGCCAACUCCAAAACGAUCGGGAAUACUGGAGUCCCUGGUUAUAUCUGCAGUUCACGUACCAUACCAUCCACGGCAUGUUGAACCACCCCUUUUUGUAUUCGUCGUGGUCACGGCAUUCGGCCCGGCUGGCCGUUCCCAAUACCUUCUGGAAAACAUCAUCGGAGCAUGCAUUUGUCCAUAGCACGUGGGUCGCGCGUCUCAUCGACAUGGUCACAAACAAGGAGUACCGCGUCUCGGAUCCGUUCAUCGGUCAUUGCACGGCGAUUGCAGCAACCAUUCAUAUUUACUUUUGCCGAGCAGCCGACAGAACCACCAGAGAGGCGGCGCUGGGCAGACUCACAAGGUGCAUUGCAUUUUUGGCAGAGUUGGCAUUGCGUUGGCCCUCGUGUCGAUGGAUGCAUGAAAAGCUGCAAGCUCUGGUCGGCUCGGCAUUUGCGUUGGAUUCUCAGCGAGCAAAGGAACAAGAAGAUCCAACACCCAGGACUCUCUCAAUCAAUACGCGUUCAAUGUGGGACAUCCUCCUCUACAACUUGGCCGCCAAUAGGAGCUCGACGACUUUGCCUCAACCUGGGGGGCUUUUCGACGCAUCUUAUUCCGUUUCAGAAAAUAACAUCGACGAAGGAGAAGACAUUGUCGAAAUGGAGAUUUCUCAUAGUCCCACUGUCGAAGUGGUUCUCUCCAACGGUCAGGCGUUGCCACCACAGUCGGGCAAGAGAAGAAACCCGGUAAAUUCUGAAGGGAUCAGAGUAGAGCAUGCUAGUCAAGCCCGACCUGAUGUUCACUCACCGUUUCCCGCCGCGCCUGUAUCAGAUCUUGAUGCACAUUUCGUACAACCGACACCCCAUGCGCCUUGGCCCAUGUCAGGCAAUAGUUCGAACUUGGAUAUGACCUACGAUUCUUUCUUCCAAUCCCAAGUCCCUGGUAGCCCGUUUUUUGGAACAUGGGAAGUCGGUAAUUUGUAG